AAGAAGAAGACGGUCAUGUUGUGAUGACGUAAUAAAUGCUGCGCCACUGAAUACUUUCUUUAGAUUUCUGAGUAAAGGUUUAAAAAAUCAAAAACAAUUUCAAGUUCCCCUGAAAAGAUGGAGUUUGUUAAAGAGGAGUUCAUUAAAGAGGAGAGUGAAGACUUCAGUAUAUCAGAACCAUUCAGACUAAAAAAUGAAGACACUGGAGAACAAAGAGACCCUAUGGAAGUGAAAGAGGAAAGUGAGGAACUUAACGAAGAGGAGGAGAAACAGCCGUAUCAGAAACCUUGUGAUUUCAUAACUGGAGAAAAAUCUUAUAGUUGCUCACAGACAGAUAAGAAAUUCUCCCAAAAAAGAACUCGAAAAGCAAAAACAAAGCAUUCUUUCAUCUGCCCUCAAUGUGGAAAGAGUUUCAGACAAAAAGGACAACUUAAUGUCCACAUCAGAACUCACACUGGAGAGAAGCCUUUCACAUGUCAUCAGUGUGGAAAGAAUUUCACACAAAAAGGACACCUUAAUGUCCACUCAAGAACUCACACUGGUGAGACACCUUUCACAUGCCUUCAGUGUGGAAAGUGUUUCAGACACAAAGAGAGUCUUAAGGAGCACACGAGAACGCACACUAGAGAGCCUUUUACAUGCCUUGAGUGUGGAAAGAUUUUGGCAAGUCCAUGUAGCCUAAGAAAACAUACAAAUAUUCACUCAAAGCAAUUACACCACUGUUCAGAGUGUGGCAAGAGUUUCAAACAGGCAGAUGGUCUCAGACUUCAUCUACGCUAUCACUUUGAAGAAAAGCCAUUUAACUGUGAUCAGUGCGGCCAAAAAUUUAUUUUUGCAUCAAUGCUAAAAAGACAUUUGAAACUUCACGAGACUAAUGAGAAGCCUUACAUCUGCGCUGUUUGUGGAAAGAGUUUUUCACAAAUGUCAAAUCUGAAACAGCACCAGAGAAUACAUUUUAGUGAGAAAUCUCACAUCUGCUGCUAUUGUGGCAAAGCUUUUAUCAGAGCUGAAGACUUGAAAGUGCACCAAAGAAUUCAUACUGGGGAAAAACCUUACAAGUGCUCACACUGUGGAAAGGGGUUCAAGCGUCCCAAACAGCAGAAAAGACAUGAGAAGGUGCAUACUAGAGAGAAUCCAUACUAUUGCUCUCCGUGUGGAAAGAGUUACAGCACAUUAAGUACUUUACGGAGACAUUUAAAGAAGUUUUGCCCAAAUGUGCACAUUUUAUCUUGAGAAUCUUUACCAUGUGAAAGAGACUAAAAGAAUGAUACCUGCCAAUAACUCUUAUAGGAUGGAUAAAAUAACAUUUUGAUCAUUUACAUUUAUGCAUUUGGCAGACGCUUUUAUCCAAAGUGACUUACAGUGCACUUAUUACAUGGACAAUCCCCCCGGCACAACCUGGAGUUAAGUGUCUUGCUCAAGGACACAAUGGUGGUGGCUGUGGGGAUCGAACCAGCAACCUUCUGAUUAACAAGUUAUGUGCUUUAGCCCACUAUGCCACCACCACUGCCAUCAUCAUACCAGUUGAUGAAAUUACCAUGACAUCUUACAGCUUACAUCUUACAGGUUUAUUUUGUGUAACUGUCUUUGGCCCUUUGUGUGAAAUGCCUGGUUUUGAUUGUGCUUAACUUUGAAGACACACCCAUUGUUAUGAUUGGCUAAAAUCUUUGAAGAGCAAAUGCCCUACCACCAUAACACGCAUGCAAAUUAUUAUUAUUAAUUUUUUUUCAAGAAUGAAAGAAAACAUGCAAACGAUUUAUAAAAUCACUUAAAUGCACUCAGUCCAACAUUACUAUUUAUAGUGACAUUAUUAUUAUUGAGACACAAAUGCAGUUAACAAUAUUAAUAUUGCAAAUUUUCUAUCACAUAGAAAUGUACAUUUGAUAAAAAAGCCUUCAGUUGGGUGGCAGAUUUGAAUUUACUGAUAUUACCAACAAUGCAAUCUGUAAAAUUUUCCUAACAAUUAAGGUAUGUUGGGCUGUGUUAAAAUAUUCUGACAGUAGGACUUCUUAACUGAUAAACAGGUAGAUCUUUCAUCAGGCACUUAAUUAUUGUUACGAUCUUUUUCUAUCAAAGUUAAUUAAAACUGAACUAAUUUACAGAGGAUAUAAAAUAAAAGCUUCAUUCUUAGUUCAGGGGGGUCCAAGCUCUUGUUUACCACAGUUCUUGCAUAGUACCCAGAAUUGUGCUGUGGUGUUAGUAGGAUUAUGGUAAUCACAUUUAAAACCAUGCUCUUCCUACCAGAUUUAAUUAUGGUUUUUAACAAACAAACUAUGAAAUUUGUAAUGUAUCACAAUAUCCUUGUAGAUUCUAUGAAGAAUAAGUGCAAUAAAAAUGACCUAUAUUCUCCUAAUUUAUAAUAUUUAACAUAAGUAUAAUGUUGCAACAUUUAUUAUAAAUGUAUUCAACAUUUCUACCAAAAUACCAUAGUUUACACAGUUAGUGUUGCUAACUGCAAUGUACUAAAACCGGUGAUGUGUGGAUUGUAAAGCUUGUAAUUACUGUUGUGGCACAAUGUUUUCCUGUUUACCUUGUCACUGCUGUUAAGAAUGUCAGGGCUGUUUAAUCUGGUUUCAACAAGCUUCGCACAGAGCCUUUAAGAUUUCCAUAUUUCACACUAUAUUUACCAUGGAAUUACUUGAGUGCAAAGCACGUGCGUGUGGCUCUGUAAAGUCAUCAAUUAGUUCACAUAACUUAAGAUCACAA